UCGUCAAUCUUUUCGAUUUCUCUAAUCUCUCUCUUUUCUCUCUCUCUCUCUGUCUCUCUCUUUCUGUGUUGUUUGUUUAGCACAAUGGCGACGACUAGUUUAGUAACCGGACUAAAAGUGUUUUUACCGGUUAUGUUCUGUGUGAUGCUCGGGACUCUUGUCUACACCAUCAUCACCGAUGGCCUUCCUUUACCUGAUCGUCAAGAUGUCUUCACACCAUGGUUCGUUACGACAAUUUUGGAUUUCUACAUCAAUAUCGUACCUAUAGCGGUUUGGAUUGUGUAUAAGGAGUCUUCAUGGUCUGGUUCAAUACUUUGGACCGUUUUGCUCAUUAUGUUCGGCAGCCUCACGACAUGUGUGUAUCUGUUUCUUCAACUUCUUAAGCUGAGAACUCAAGAAGCUUCAGAAGAUCCUAUGUACUAUUUGUUACUUCGAGAUUCAAUCAAGGAUGGAGUAGGUCUGAGAGACAAGAAUUCACUUGUUGUCACUGCAAGAUUUGCGUUUGGUGCCUUAGGAUGUGUGAUGCUAGGAGCUUUGAUUUAUACAAUCUUGACUUAUGGUGCUCCUUUUCACAUGGAGCUUCUAUACCCAUGGAUGGUGGUUUUAUUGGUUAACUUCUACAUUCAUGUUGCGGUAUUAUCAGUUUGGGUUGUCUAUAAAGAAACUAGUUGGAUCAUUGGAAUUCUCUGGGUUGCUCUAUUGAUAGGUCUUGGCAGCGUUGGCACGAGCGUAGCUAUUGUCGUGCAGCUGUUACGUCUCUCUCCUCUUGACCCGCUCUACCUUGUUCUGGUGAACAACAGUAAUCGGAAGCAAAGUUAAAAGUUAAGGCUAAGUUAGUGAACUCUCAUGGGUCAUGGCAGGGCUGGAGAUAUGUACGAACGCACUCAUUCUGCGGUUUUGCGUAUGUGAAGCUGUGUGAUUUCAUUUUAACUUCUUUUUUUUUUAACCACAAAAGUUCAAAACAUAUAUUGCAAGUUUGUAUGUUCCUUAGUUUCUUUUGUAUAUUGUGUGACAAAACGUAGCCUGUUCUUCUCUGGGCAUAAAUGCAAUUACUUAGUAAUCAACAUUUUUGGUCAUGAAUCAUGACUUCGAAGAACACAUGGAUUUAGACUUUUUAA